AUGCUUGUUUUGGUGGUUAUUCUAGGAUCGCUACCGCCAUUAAGACCUUCAGAAGGUGAUUAUCUUCAAUUCUAUAUCACUUACCUCGAUCGAGGUGCUGCUGGUUUGAACACGAUCCUGUUUGACGCUGGUGAUCAAUUCCAAGGAACUCUAUUCUUCAAUGUCUGGGGAUCGUCUAUAAUUUCUCAGACUAUGAAUAUGCUUGGAUAUGAAGUAAUGACAGUUGGAAACCAUGAAUUUGAUCGAGGCGAAGAGUAUGCAGCCAACUUUUUCAAAACUCUUAACUUUCCUGUCGUAUCCUCAAACUUCAAUUAUUCCACGGCACCAUACUUGAGUCAAAUUGUGCAGCCAUAUGUGAUUAUUGAAAAGUAUGGUCAGAAGAUUGGCGUUGUCGGAUUCAUUACCAACACUACAGCUGAUAUCACACUGGGCGGGAAGAACAUCACCUUUUACAACCCAGUUGCGUCUGUACAGAACUCUAUCAACGCUAUUAGAGCCGCAGGAGUCAAGAAAAUCAUUGGCGUGUCUCAUAAUGGAUAUUUCGAUGACCAGUACCUUGCUGCCAAUACCGAAGGACUCAGUUUGAUUGUUGGUGGACACUCACACUCAUUGCUGAGCAAGAAUACCAGCUUACCAGGAUGGGUUGGUCUGUACCCAACUUCUGUAACGAAUCUCAAUGGCAGCCAGACGUAUGUCGUGCAAGCUCACAGAUAUGGAGACUAUUUUGGAGUAGUGAACAUGACUUGGGAUUCGAAUGAUCAGCUCAUUGACCUGAAAGGAGACCCAAUAUUGCUGGAUAAUACUAUAAGUCCAGAUGCGGGAAUGGCUGAAUUGGUGACGACGUGGAGAGCUGCAUUUGUGAAUCUGACCACUCAAGUUGUGGCCGAUGUUAAUCCACCGGGCUAUACGACUGACAAUUGCCGCACAACCGAAUGUGCAGAGGGAGACAUGAUAUGUGAUGCCAUGCUAAUGUCACGCCGACUCGUUGGCGCACAGGUUUGCAUGAACAACGGAGGGUCUGUAAGAGCUGGACUGGGCCCUGGAAACGUCACUGUCGGUGACAUUAUGGAAGUUUUGCCAUUUUCCAAUGUUGUGGUGGACACCAAUAUGACUGGAAAUCAAAUCCGCAUGAUUUUGGAGGGUGCUAUAUCUGGGAAGAACCUUGUAACCAAAAAGAACGUGAUUACAGUUCCCCAAGUUGCAGGAAUCCGGUUCAAUGUGGAUAGAACUCGACCACAGGGCCAACAAGCCGUCAACAUCACCAUUCAGGAUCCAUACCCAGCUGAAACAUAUUCGCCCAUAAACCUCAAUCAAACAUAUAUCGUGGUCGUCAAUGACUUUCUCUGUAGUGGUGGUGACAAUAUCUUGUUGGAUGUGAUUACGAAUUAUAUUGCAGGAGACUUGCUGACUGAUGCCGUAUCAAAUUAUUUGCAGUCUAGAAACCGGACUAUAGAUCCAGUGACUGAUGGCCGUGCAUAUCAGAAUGUCACUGCACCCAUUACUGCUUCAUCCUUGCUAGUGUUUGAGACUGUAUGA